AAAACAGGUACGCUGGGAGCAGGUGUCAUCUCACACCCUCCCCUGCGUCUCUAUAUAAGGACCAUCGCUUCUGUGUUCUGUGUAAGACAUGAGCGAUCAGCGGUCAAACAUCAUGAAACUUCAGGUUCUACUUCUGGUUUUCCUGUUCACCCCUGCUGUCGUAGCCUAUGACAUUGAUGACGUCGAUGUUGAUGAGGACUCAGUUGACGUCAACGUGAGAGAUAAACGCUUCAUCUGGAGAUCCACCGUAAACUGUCCUCAACAAACUGACUUCUCACAGCCGUUCAUGUUGUCCAGCAACGCCACGGGAUAUCCUGAGGAAGCUAUCAACAACGAAACUGCUGAUGCGAACCUAACUCCAUGUCUCAGUUUAUUCAACGCUUCGUCAACUGACCCCAAAUUUCCAGAGGAUCCUGUACUGGCCAACGUGACCAAGGACCUUUGUCCAGCCGACUUGAAGGUGCUGCAGAGCUACACGGGCGAUAACAAUGACACAUGCUGGGUCAUACGGAACAUCCAACCGCUCAUCCACUUUGCUGUCUGCAGGACCACCAGAUGUUUAACCUAUCGUCGAUCAGCGCUAUCCAACCGAUGCCUCCGAGUGUUCAAGUUUGUCUCUGUCUUGGCGUUCUGUGGGGAUCGGCCUAUGGGACAGCGGAUUGUCAACGACAGAAUCAUCGUUCCGACCUCCUGCACCUGCAUGGGCAUCAAGUGCAGACGAACCCGGUUUUGGUAGUUCCGUACAUCACUGCAUCUGACAUGGCGAAGAAGGAAGAAGGGCAACGUUAAAAGCAAUAUUUCAAUAUUAUCAUCGUGUAACCAAAUGAAUGAGAUCACUGCACAGAGUCACAUAUGUCAUUGUCCCCUAUUCGAACGUAUACUUCAAACCUGUUGGCGAAAAUCAAGGCAAGGAAAGAUAACCAUUUCGUUGAAUCCGGACAAUCCUGAACAAUUAAGUGUUAAAUUACUUCUUGCUGGUGAAACAGAAAGAAUGGGCCUCUUGACGCUAAAUCGCUAAGAUGAAGGUCCUUUCCUUGGUUUUAUGCUUCCAGUGACCAAAAACAUGUUUUUAUCUGAACCCCCCCCCCCCCUCGCCCUUCCCUUUAAUUUGCGUGUUAAGAGAUAUUGAAGCGAAUGGUGACGUUUAAUAAAAAUACGUCUGCAUGAGUAA